UCUUACAUCCCCAAAUGAUGAGGGUCCUUGUGCUUGCCCUGGGUAUAGCCUUUGUGGCUGGUCAGCAUGUGAACCUUGCUCCUGAGUUUUCUCCCUCUAAGACCUACGUGUACAGAUAUGAGGCUCUGCUUCUUGGUGGACUUCCUGUAGAAGGUCUGGCCAAAGCAGGACUAAAAGUCAGCAGCAAGGUUCUCAUCAGCGCUGAGGCUCAGAACACCUACUUGCUGAAGCUUGCAGAUCCUGAGAUCUUAGAAUACAGUGGUGUCUGGCCAAAGGACCCCUUCGUCCCAGCCACCAAGCUCACCUCAGCAUUGGCUUCUCAGCUUCUGAUUCCCAUCAAGUUUGAGUAUGCUAAUGGUGUGGUUGGCAAGGUGUUUGCCCCCACUGAAGUCUCCGCCACAGUUCUGAACAUCCACAGAGGUAUCCUCAACAUUCUUCAGCUCAACCUCAAGAAAAGCCAGAAUGUUUAUGAACUGCAAGAGGCUGGAGCCCAGGGAGUGUGCAAAACCCACUACGUCAUCAGUGAGGCUGUCAAGACAGAGCACAUUCUUGUCACCAAGUCCAAGGAUCUCACCAACUGCCAAGACAGGGUCAUUAAGGAUUUGGGCCUGGCUUACUUGGAAACCUGUGCUAAAUGCCAGCUGAAAUCAAAGAUCCUGACUGGAGUCGCAACCUACAGCUACAUCAUGAAACCAACCCCCACUGGUGCUUUGCUCACUGAAGCCACAGUGAGGGAACUCCAUCAGGUCACACCUGUUGCUGAGAUGGGUGAAGCUGCCCAGAUGGAAGCCAAACAAAGCCUGACCUUCCUGGAGGUUGAGAGGGCUCCAAUUAUACAGGCUAGUGCUGAAUAUGCGGCACGUGGUUCACUGCAGUAUGAGUUUGCAACUGAAAUCCUUCAGACUCCUAUUCAGCUUAUCAAAAUUACUAACCCAGUGACUCAGGCAGUGGAUAUUCUGCAUCAUCUGGUUGCAACUAAUGUGGCUAAGGUCCAUGAUGAUGCACCUCUGAAGUUUAUCCAGCUGAUCCAGGUCUUACGUGUUGCCACCUUGGAGAACCUUGAGGCCAUCUGGGCUCAGUUUAAGGCCAGACCAGAAUACAGGCGCUUUAUCUUGGAUGCCAUUCCUGUUGUUGGAACACCAGCUGCUGUGAAGUUCAUCAAAGAGAAGUUCUUGGCUGAAGACAUCAGCGUUUCUGAAACUGUCCAGAUUCUUUUGGCUGCUGUACAUAUGGUUCCUUCUGAUCGGGAGAUCAUCAGACUCAUCUCUUCCCUGGCCCUCAAUCACAAAGUUCAGGCAAACCCUGUUCUGCGUGAGAUAGCUAUGCUGGGAUAUGGUACCAUGAUUGCCAAGUACUGUGCUGCCGUUCCUUCUUGCCCCGCUGAACUCCUGAAGCCCAUCCACGAGCGUACAGCUGAGGCUAUUGCUAAAGCUGAUGUUAAUGAAAUCACCCUGCUGGUCAAAGUUCUGGGUAAUGCUGGUCAUCCUUCCAGUCUUAAACCAAUCAUGAAGAUCCUCCCUGGAUUUGGCUCCACAGCUGCUGCCCUCCCGGUCAGAGUUCAGACUGAUGUUAUCUUGGCCCUGAGGAACAUCGCUAAUAGGGAGCCUAUGUUGGUGCAACCAGUGGCCCUUCAGCUGUUCAUGGACAAGGCCCUUCACUCCGAGCUGAGGAUGGUGGCCUGCAUCGUGUUGUUUGAGACUAAACCCGCUGUGGCUUUGGUGUCCACUCUCGCCAAUGUGCUGAAGAAGGAGACCAACAUGCAGCUAGUCAGCUUCGUCUACUCCCACAUUAAGUCUCUGUCCAGGAGUACUGCCCCAGACCUGGUCACUGUUGGUGCUGCCAGUAAUGUUGCCAUGAAGAUCCUGAGCUCCAAGCUGGACAGACUGAACUACCGCUACAGCAAAGCCAUCCACAUUGAUCUUCUGACGUCUGGUGCUACUGGUAGUGCUUACAUCAUCAACGAUGGUGCCACCAUUCUGCCCAGAGCUGUUGUGGCUAAAGUCCGUGCCUAUCUUGCUGGAACUGCAGCUGAUGUUCUUGAGGUUGGUGUGAGGACCGAAGGGAUCCAGGAAGCCAUCAUGAAGUCCCCAGCUCUGGCUGAGAAAACUGACAGGUUGACCAAGAUGAAACAAGUCUUGAGGGCUAUGAAAGAAUGGAGAGCUCUUCCCCAGAGCCAGCCUUUGGCCUCUAUGUACAUCAAGUUCAUGGGACAAGAAAUUGCAUUCGCCAACAUUGAUAAAGACUUAGUUAACAGGGCAAUUGAGCUUGCUAUUAGUCCUGCUGCCAAGACCAUGCUGAAGGACUCCCUGAAAGCACUGCAGACUGGCAUUACCGCUCAGGCCGCUAAGCCUCUUCUGGCAGCUGAGAUUCGCCGCAUCUUCCCCACUGCUGUUGGUGUGCCAAUGGAGCUCAGUCUCUACUCUGCUGCUGUUGCCGCUGCUUCCAUUAAACUUCAAGCCGUCAUGAACCCACCUCUUUCUGAACCUCUCAGUACUGCUGAGCUGUUGAAAGCAAACAUUAAGUUAGAAGCCGAGACUACUCCAAGCAUCUCCAUGCACACCUUUGCUGUGAUGGGAGUCAACACUGCCUUCCUUCAGGCUGCCGUCAUGGCCAGAGCCAAGGCUGUCACUGUGCUGCCUGCUAAGUUUUCUGCAAGAGCUGAUGUUCCAAAACUGAACUUUAAGAUUGAGGCUCUCCCUGUUGAGACACCCGAGCACAUUGCUAAAAUCCGCUUUGAAACCCUUGCCAUCUCCAGAAACAUUGAAAACCUCGCAAAUGAGAGAAUCACACCCAUAGUCCCUGUAAUUGUUGCAACUGAGCAGCUGUCCAAGGAAAGGUUUACCUCCCGGCUGUCAGCCUCACUUGCUAGUAACAUGGCCCAAUCCUCUGAGGAUCUGUCAUCUGAAGUUGCUCCUCAGCUGAGAGCAGGUACACCAAUCCAGAAGACCACCUGCGUUCCAGCCCCUCUCCUGGGAAUAAAGGGAUGCUUUGAGCUCACCUCAAGCAAUGCAGCUUUUAACAAGAACGCACCCCUGAUCAACAUGAUUGGACAGCAUGCAGUCUAUGUUGCAGUGAGACCCGCUGAUGGCCCAGCCAUUGAGAGACUAGAAGUUGAGGUCCAGGUGGGACCCAAAGCCGCAGACAAGCUCCUGAAAGACCUGCCCACACUGCAAGACGUUCCAGAGGGCAAGAACAUCUUGCUGAAGCUGAGGAAAAUUCUGAAAACUGGCAUGAGAAACAGCUCUUCUAGCUCCAGCAGCUCCUCCAGCAGACUGAGCUCCUCCAGCCGCGCCAGCCUCAAGUCCUCCAGCUCCAUGUCCUCCAGCAGCUCCAGCGCCCGCUCCGUCAGGCGCUCAUCCCAGCACAGAACCAGCACUUAUGUGAGCAAAAGUAGUGCAUCCAGCUUUGAGGCCAUUUACAAGCUGAAUGAGUUCCUUGGAAACGCCAUCGCUCCUGUUGGGGCAGUCAUCUUCCGCGCUGUGAGAGCUGACCAGAAGCUGCUGGGAUACCAGGCUGCUGCCUAUCUUGACAAGACCAACUUCAGACUGCAGACCAUCAUCUCUGCUCUGGCUGAGACUGACAAGUGGAGGAUCUGUGCCGACAGCAUUGUGCUUAGCAAGCACAAAGUCAUGGCUAAGAUUGCUUGGGGAGCAGACUGCCAGGAAUAUGCCACCAUUUUGAAGGCUACAACUGGAGUAGUUGGCUCAAGUCCUGCUGCCUGUCUCGAAAUGGAAUGGGUGAAACUCCCUGACAAUGUGUUUGUCAUUGCAAAGAGGGUGGCUGAAUACAUCCCUCAGGCCGCCUUUUUGGGUGGAAUCACAGUAGUCAAUGAGAAGAACACUGACAAAGACGUUGAACUGACCAUUGCUGUCCCCACUGCGAAGACCCUGAAUAUCAUUCUGAAGACACCCAAGAUGACCCUGUCCAAGGCUGUGCCUUUGCCCAUUGCCCUGCCACUCGCAAAAGAAUAUGUUGACCGCCUAUUUCCAGAGGAAGAUAUAACUGAACAUGUCAAAAACCUUAUUGCUGAAGGCACCUCUGCUCAGUGUACCAUGGUCCAUGACAUAUUGACCACAUUCAACAACAGGAAGUACAAGAAUGAGAUGCCAAUCUCCUGCUACCAAGUGCUGGCUCAGGACUGCACUUCAGAGCUUAAGUUCAUUGUUCUCAUGAAGAAAGAUCAGAUCUCUGAACAGAAGCACCUCAGUGUGAAGGUGUCUGACAUCGAUAUUGACCUGUACCCCAUGGGCAAUAAUGUGCUUGUAAAGGUUAAUGGAUUAGAGGUUCCACUCUCCAACCUUCCCUACCAACAUCCAACAGAAUCCGUCCUGAUUAAACAGAGAGGUGAGGGUCUGUCCCUUUAUGCUCCAAGCCUGGGUCUGCAGGAGGUUUACCUUGGCAAGGACAUAUGGAAAGUCAAUGUUGCAGACUGGAUGAAGGGCCAGACUUGUGGUGUUUGUGGUAAAGCUGACGGAGAGACCAGACAGGAGUACUCCACACCCAGCGGCUACCAGACCAAGAGCUCAGUCAGCUUCGCUCACUCCUGGGUGCUUCCCGCUGAGAGCUGCCGCGACAGCACACAAUGCCACAUGAAGCUUGAAUCUGUCAAGCUGGAGAAGCAGCCGAUUGUGGAUGGCCAGGAGUCUAAAUGCUACUCUGUGGAGCCAGUGCUGCGUUGUCUGCCUGGUUGCCUCCCCGUGAGAACCAUGCCCGUCACCAUUGGAUUCCACUGUCUGCCCACCCAUUCCAGCUCUAUGGAUCUGAGCAACAUCUCUGAGAAGAGUGUGGACCUGAGGGAGACUGCAGAGGCACAUAUGGCCUGCCAGUGCAAUGCAGAAUGUGCAUAGAGAAAUCACUAUUAUGAUGUCCAACAUUUGUUUUAAGGUGUAAGCAUUAACUUCAUUAAAAUUCUCUUUUGUGCUACA